UUUUUAUACCGUGGAGGAAAGCGGUGCAGCAGUUCAUUCGGUGGGCUGCGUCUGUGUGCGUUGACGUGAACACCCAGGAAAUCGAGAUCAGAGAUGAGUGUUAUCGUGGACAGUCAUCGUAAUUUGCAGUAGUACCAGCCGGCCAACUACGUGGUACAUAGCCCAGUAGUUCUCGGCCAGGAGGAAACUCGCACCGGCUGUCUUGCGUACCCUGCUCUCGGGUACCCCACCAGUGCGAUUCCUGCUGCGGAUCGCUCUGCAGGGUCCUCAAAAGUGAUCCUUCACCGUGGGCUACUGAGCGCCUUUCGGGCUUAACCUUCUGCAACCCUGACACGAAUGCUGUCACUGCGCCUGGUCUCUUGCCGGUUCUUGAAGCAGCCAUAAGAAGGAACUCUUUGCCCAUUGAACAUUGCCAUGUAACUUAUUCACCUGUGUGAUCACCGAGUGUAGUGUUCCUCUGGUUUGUUUCCAUCACUGAUACCAUCACGCAACUCUCAGACUUCACCUCUUUUGUUAUCAUAGACUGCCACCACAUUUACAGAAGAAGAAACUACCAGACAAGCCACUCAACUCACGUUGCGGCUUGAUAAUGCGCAAGCCCAGUUUUGGCACAGACGCCAGUUCUGCUGACAUGACGACAGCAAAUCAGAGCUUGGAAGUUUGCGUGGAAAGUCGCAUGGAACGGGUGCGCAAGCUUCUCAGUUCGCCUCUGGCACGACGCAAGUCUGGAACAAUGCCCCACCGCACGUUUGGGGUCCCCCUGGAGGUCCUGGUGCAACACUCAAAUGUACCACUUGUCAUUGUACGACUCUGCCAGUACAUCGAGAGCAGAGGUAUGGCACAGGAAGGCUUAUUUCGAGUGAGCGGCAACGCACGGCUUGUCGACAAGCUGCGCUGGAGCUUCGAUCAGACGGGGGAUGCUCCGCUGGAGGCAGAGGGGGACGUGGUGUCAGCCGCAGCACUCCUCAAGCUUCUCUUCAGGGAACUUCCUGAACCGCUCGUGGCCCCCACUCUUCAUAGGGCAUUCCUUGAUGCCAUUCAGGUCGCUGCACACGACAAGGAAGAAUGCACCAGGCGUCUGAAGUGCUUGGUGGAGCAGCUACCACCAGGAAAUUUUGCUGUGCUCAAGUACCUGUGCCACUUCUUGCACCGCGUUGCACAGUCUCAAGACCGCACUCGGAUGACUCCUAGUGCUCUAGGCAUAGUCUUUGGUCCAAACCUUUUUAGAUUCACUGAUGACCUGCAGGGACUGAAAGAACAAGCAGUAACCAACCAAGUUGUGACAUGCUUCAUAGCUAAUUAUACCUCCAUCUUUGAGGGGGAUGCGGAACUUUCGUGCACAUCCGAUUGCACGGCGAGCAUCGAGGAUGUACAAGACGUUCAUAUUCAUGACACCAAGUGCAAUGGGAGAAUGGUAGGGGGCAUGAGUUCUCUUCCCAUGGAGCCCCUCUCGGUCGUUAUUCCGCCUCUGGAUGAAACAAUGUUAACAUUGAAGCAGCCCCCUUUUAAUGGAGUUCCAACGUUAAUGAUAGACAGGCAUUCUGAUGAUAGACGCAAGGCUCCAACAGAAGGUACAACAGCUGGUACGAGUGCGACAGGGGGAAGCCGUAGCUGCAAACGCAAAGAGCGUAAGCUGUCUGGUGAGGAGUGGCCCCCCCGCUCGAGCUCAGAGGAGAGGCCAGCUCCAGGCCCCCUUGUGGAGCCCCAAUUGGCCUCCAGGCGCUGCAGUAGUCAUGAGGAAGUGGCAUCUGCCGACGGAAUACCGGAGCACCUACUUUCCACAGAAAACUCAAAUGGAGCGCAGUUGGAAGAGGCGAACAGAGACCUGAGCCCUCAUCCUCCUCAGCCCAAGCGAAGAGAGAUUGAGACCAUACCUACGUCCUCCUCAAACCUGGAGUCGCAAGACUGGCAUGAGGCAUGCAGAAGCGCUGAAAGGACUAACCCACACCAUUACAAGGAUGUCCAGUUCAAGUCCUCAGCACGCAAGACAAGCGGUGGCAAAGCGCAGGAGAGGCCCCAGCCUCAUCCACGAGAGCAUGGAAAAGUGGGAGAGGAAGAACAGGACGACUCGGUCCCACACACACCCAACACCCCAAACACCCUGAGCAAGGACAACAUCCCACCCCUGGAUCUCGACAGCUUUCGCGAGGAAGAACCUGUUCUGUCUGAGCAUCGCUUUAGCUGGCCCUUGGUCCAGACACUGCAUGAAGAAGAACAUGUCACUCCCUACCUUCAGAAGGCUAACUCGUACGAGGCUCCGCUAUCACCCAGUGCUUUCCGAAGCUACCUAUCCCACCGAAGCCUUCACCUCGAUCCGCAUCUUCCACCGUCCCCGCCAGUUGAACAGGAUGAUUUCGUUAAGAGCACCAUCAAGGAGGAAGAAGCCGCUUCACUCACUGUCAAACAGCUGUCCAAGAAAAUUCACGUCUUAAAGAAGAAGGUCAAACACUUUGAAGAAGGUUUUGAGAACGAAAGAGGUUACAGGCCUUCACACGCGGAGAAAAUGAACCACCCGGAAGUGAAAAAACUUCUACUUGAACUGAACAAGCUUCGAAAGGAUCUCAAGAACCUAAAGGAGGAGAAUGGCUUACCUGAGCCUGCUUACCUAAGCUAUUCCACUUGGGGUCACGACCAGAAGGCCAAUGCUGAGAACGAUGAUGACGAUGACAAACCCACGUUGUCACUGGAAAGAGCGCUGAACGACACCCUGUCCACACUCUGCGAAAAACGAAAAGUUGCCAAGAGGCCAGACUCUGUUGACGAUAUGAGCAGAGAGCAAGUCCUGGAUGAAAAGCUGGCCAUACAGAAAGCUCUUCUUCGCUUUGAAAGUGUGCAUGGUCGUCCCUCGAGACGUGCCGAUCGCAAUUUGAUGAGGCCCCUCUACGACCGUUACCGCAGCAUCAAACGCCUGGCUGGUCGGCCCCCACCCAUGGCUAAAGGGAAGGACUCUGAGCUGCAGCCCAUCCUUGAACAUGUUGCUAUGGAUUUCACAUCUCCUCAACCAAAAUCUCCUCCGCAGGAGCUAGAUGUUCAGAAUGAAGAUGACUUGCAAAAUUUGGAGGCAACAACUGGUGGGAGCAUUGCACCUGUGGCAACCAAUCAGGUCUCCUACAAGGCAGAGAUUGUGGAACGGGCUUCAUCGGUGCUGGAAAAAUAUGACGACUCUAACCUUCAUGAACUUCCACUCAAAGAACUUCUCCAGCAACAGCAGCAAUCACGCCUUGAGAAGAGGCGUCUCCGCAAGCUCUUGCGGGAGUUUGAAGAAGACUUUCAGAAACAGACAGGAAGAAAAGUUCAAAAGGAAGACAAGGCCCCAAUGGAUGCUGUGUACUGUGAAUACAAGCACGUCAAAGCCAGAGUGAGGCUCUUGGAGGCCCUUGUUUCAAAACACGAACAGCGACAGGAAGUAUGAAGCGCCACCUGUUUUGGGUCCCUCAACUUUGCUAACAUUCAGGGGCAAUGUGCAUCGUGGAAGCAGUUUUGGAUCACGUUCAUGUCUGUGUCCUGGUCUUAAGUUGAAGCUUUGGAAAGCAUCAGUGUUCUCAUUCUGUAUUAUUGCUGUGUCCAGUUGAUGCAGAGAUGCGAAAGAGCUAAGCUUACUAGCAUUGGUUGGACUUUGACUACAAAUAUGGAGGAUGAUCAUAAAAGGGGUACCCUGACCCUGAAGAGCAUUAUUUUCAUGCUGUCUCUCAAGUUACCGCCAUAGUCUCUGAUGUGCCAGCCCUUUAAAGGAGUGUGCUGCUGUGCUAUACUUAACCUCAAAAUAUGCAGGCUCAUUUCGUAGCAGUGGAUGAAAUAGAAUUACCCGUGCAACGUAAUUCAAAAAUGCUUGAGGCUCGCAGACACGUUCUGCAUUAUUUUGACAGCUACUAUGGAGGUGGUGUUCGCUAACAUCACUCUGCCAAGGACACACCGUGUACACUGAUAUUUAUUGUAGGUUUUCCAUCAUUUCACACUGUUUUUGCCUAUCCUUGGAACAUUCAUUUGGGCCACAGUUCCUGCAGUAUCAUCUCAUGCAACGUUUCGUGGAGCUAGCCCUCCAAUGGCAAGUGAUGCCAGUCUGCCACUGAAAAAAUUCGCCAGAGUCGUUUUUCCUUUUGCAAGAAGGCAUGUAUUGAGUGAGUCUUUUAUGAGAUGGAGCAGUAUAUAGUAAUAGGGCUUGUCUGAUAGUCUUGUCUAACAGCUAUCACACGUGAAAGACGUUAGAGUGCCUUGAUCGGAGCGAACGGGGAGAACAUUUGUACCACUUCAGAUUUUACUGUCUUGUGCCAUGUUUAAAAACACUUCAGUGUGCUGGUGCUUUUCGUUCCCUUUUUGUGUCUUGGUUAGCAUGUGACACACAUCUUCAAUAUGCCUAACGUUUUUGUAGUUUUCUAAGAGGUAGCUUUCGCAGUAUUCAGUGUAUGUAUUACGUCAGCUGUCUUCUUCUAGUCCCAGUGUAGAAUCCAUAGCACAUCUCAUCAAGGUCUGUGUGCCAUCUUUGAACAGAUUACACAUAUGGUACACCACACCAUGGAACGGACAUUUUCACAGUCUCUAUCAUACGAAUUUGACUUUGAUAGGUACAGUGCAGGUACUCACAUUGUCUAUAUAAUGGAAAGAUGCAAAAUAUGUGCUACACACAACGUGAAAUACAUGCAUAUGUAUAGAUAUAUAUUUGACGUCAUACACUACUACUCGAAGCAUGAAUAGUGCACAUUGGUGGUAUGUUUGAUACAUGAAUGGGCCGAUAAAAACGUGCACAGGAAUGUGCAGCCAUGGUUAUUGAAAAAGGUAUUUCUCUUUGGCUUCAUAUGAAAUCUUCUAUUUAAGGAUGAAUGGCAAAUUACCGAGCAGUUUUAAUUGUGUAGCAUAACAUAGACCUUAUUAGUGAGUGUAGCAUGUUAGAUAUUCACGUUAUCAUUUUAUGUUGGAUUUACGUGUGUAGACAGUGAUACUAACAGCAGCAAAGCGGAACGACACAUUAAGUGAGAGAAAAACAACAGGAGUUACUUUAUACACUGUGUCUGACUUUCUCUGGUUGAACCCAGUGCCUCCCCCAUUAUUCCCUCCCCUAAUUAGUUUAGGACCAAAAUUCCCCAGAAUUCCAAUCAUGGAUAACGCUGUAUCACACACGAUGUGCACCAUCUUGUAGCAAUCCGAUGCAAAUAUUUGAGUGAAACAAACUGUAUGCGAGUUAUACUGAUAAAAGAAGCGCAAAUGCAGGCAAGCAGGUGGAUGGAGUCCAUUGUAGAAGCCUGAGCUUGGGAGCUUGUCUGUGCUUGUGUGGUGUCGUCCUUUCUGCUCGUUCCUUUGCCCAAGCUCAGGCUCCUUCUCCAAUGGAAAGUAUAUGAAGUACAUUUGAUGUUUCAACAAGGGGUACUUGUGACUGUAGUAAUUCGUGAGGAGUGCACGUUUGACCAAUACAUGCAGCUUCAACAGGGGGCCGUUGCCUGCACAGAAAAAAAAAAAAAAAAAACGGUACCAUCCAAAUGUGUCACACGGGCAGUCUUCAACGGCCAUUGAAACCAAUGCCCGUGGAAAAUGCAUGUAGCGCCAUCAAAUGUGUAACGCAUCAACUUCUCAAACAGCAUUGGAUCUAAUGUUUCGUGACAGGUUGACACAUUACAUGCUAGGUGGUGCUGAGAGAGAGAGGCGGUACCCGAGACGGGGAGGGAGAGGGACGACACAACAAGAAUUCUUCUCACUUCUUUAGGUGGUGCUACCUGUAUUUUGAAUCGUCAUUGAUAUCAAUGAUCCUUGAAGACUGCCCGUGCGACAAGGGUGUUAGUUGCGCCUGAUUUCACCCGGAAUUACAGAUUUAAAAGUAGCCCGAUCGCCCCGCUUUCCAUAAGGGUUUUCAACCAGAAGUCUGAUCCUAUUUACGUAACGGUGUUCAUUCCGCAGCUGCUUGCUACUUUUCAUAACGACUUUUGUGCAGUGAAAUGUACGUCAACAUGUGAAACGUCAUGGAUUACUUUAUAGUAGUAUUAUCUAUAGCAGCAUCUACUAUAACAGCACUUAAUAUGGUUAUAGGUACUACUGUAUUCCAGUAUAAAGCUUAGAAGGAAAGGGGCUACACUUCUGCCACAUACAGGUGCUGUGUGCCUUUUGUUUGAAUGUUAUAUAUAACUGUUUCCAGCAGGCAUGCUGCUGAUCAAUGAUCCUUCUGGGACCUACAUGUGCUUUAAAAGUUUUCUUAGUUUUCAUACUAUGUAGUAUGUGUUGUGAUGCCUGCCAUGUUUGUCAGGCUUGGACAUCCAACUUUGUUUCUUGUGCUGUGCACCAACAUCAAUGCUGUUCUGGUAACGGCACAUGCCAUCUGUACAUAAAGUAUCAUUUCAGUGAGA